AUGGCCUCCAACGUGUAUGCCGCGUCCUGCUUCGCGCUCGAGGCCUGGAACUCGCAGCAGAUAACGCCUAUCCAGCCCGAAGCCAGCCCAUCGAGCAUCGGCGCCUCGGCUGCAGGCCAAUCGUCUCCAGCCAUUGGUCCUGUCAUCCAAUCGCGAGCGUGCCAUCCGAGCCGGGCCACAGCUUCCUUCCAAAUCUGUCCCAAAUCGCUGCCUGCGAGAUGGCUGAUCCCGCCAUCCACACUCCAGACCUAG